AGAAUAUAUCUAGAUUAUGAGCAACAAAAAGACGGAUAAAAAUAGCGACGAUGAGAACUGGGAGAACUUUAUUCGCUAUAAUGUUGAUAACAAUGACCAAGAAGAUAUCGAAAGCCCAGUAAAGAGGAGAUAUGGCAAAUAAGCUUGAUUCUACAAUGGAUAUUGAGGAAGGAUCUCAGGAUGAAGAAUCUAAUAGUGAAGAGGAAUAUGACCAAGAUCUUAGUAAAAGUGUCAAAUAUGUAUCCUCCUGCUGAACGUAUAUCAGAGACUCUAUUGAAAAAUACACAAAGCUUAUAUCUUUUGCUAGUCACACCACGUUGCUGUUGAAUAAGAAUGCUAUCUUAGCUCGUAGGAACAAAUCCCAAAUAUUUUAUUUGGGGUGAGUACCAAUGCUUUUAUUAUGGCUUGUUAGAUUCUUUCAGACAUUAGCUGAUGACUUCACUGAUUAUAGAGUGGUAGACCACCCUAUAAACCAGCUUGAUCAUAUCGAGAGAUGAAUUCAUGAAUCAGAACAAUGCGUAACAGUUGGGUAUGGAAUAAUAGGAGAUGCCAAAGAGAAGUCAGGAAAAUACAAUUGGAUCCAUAAUUCGAUGAAGCAUCUAGCCAAACUCAACAAUCUUAAGUUUGGAGAGGAUGUCAAAAUGAUAUCUUUGGGGAACUCUCUUGAUUUUAGAGCUUAUAUUGAUAAAAAUCUCAACAAGACACUGUUCGGAGUGUUAUUUUGUACAACAGACUGGAGUACUAAAAUGGAUGUUUCUAAUACUACUUUUUCAGAAUAUUCAGAUUAUGAGGAAGUAGGAUUUAGUGUCCCUUGUACUUCUGGAAAUCCUGACAGGCAAAUGUAUAUGUACUCUGUUGUAUAUAACUAUUCGUUGAUACCUUAUGGUUUGGAAACAUUGACAGAUGCAUAUAGAUGGAAUAGUUUGACUACUAUUAAGAAUAGUGUUGAUAAUGGAAUUCUGAGGGAAUUACAUAAGCAAAAGACUGGAUCUUAUAAAAAUGCACCAGAAAUCGUAGUUAGCGAAAGCAGGUACCCAUCUCUUCCUGAUCGUGCUCAUGAUGGUUUUGAUGCGAGUGCAGUGUUCGGCUCAUUGUAUUUCUUUGUUCCUUCUUUGACAAUAUUUUCUACAAUUUUCUCUUUGCUUUUAAGAGAAAAAGUAUUAAAGCUGAGAGUAGGUUUGCAUGUAUUUGGCCUAUCUUCUGCCUCUCAUUGGACAGCUUGGGUUAUUACAGCAGUGGCAUACUCCUGAAUUCCUGCAAUAAUUUUUCCAUUGUUCGGAGACUAUUUAGGAAUGGGGGUGUUUGCAAAUUCUCCUUACUUAAUGACAUUUAUGUUAUUCUUCAUUUGCUCAUUCUCUAUGACAACUGUGGCAUUCUUUGGAUCUACUGUGGUGGGUGAUGAGACGACUGGAUAUGUAUUCUCCUUUGUUAUUAUCUUAUUCUCUGUAUUGCUUCUGAUAGUAUUGCAUAAUCCAAUAACUGCUUACUUUAUUUUCUUCAACAAUAACUCAGCAUGGUGGGUGAAAUAUGUCUGUGAGAUCUUUCAGUUAAUACCAGCUUUUAAUUUUGUUCUUCUUUAUGGUAUGAUCUCAAGGAUUGCUUGCAAUCAUUUCGAUGGAGGAGCUAUGAUGCAGAUUCAAGCGAGAAGAGUGACAUGGAAUGAUCUCUUCGUCAAACCAACUGGGAGCUUCGCAAUGGGUGAGAAAUAUCUAGUCCCUUGCCCUAUGGAUCUUCUGGUUAGAAUAUGUAUAAAUAUGGUGAUAUAUUCAAUUUUGACUUGGUACUGUGACCAUAUUAUGCCUAAUAAUAGAGGAAGAACGCACUCCUAUUUCUUCUUCUGUAAGUUUUCUUACUGGUUUGGUAAAAGCAAGAAAUCUUUAAAUGAGACGAAUUCCAAAAGAAGAAGAAGACUUUCUUCAAUCGAGCCGUAUGAGCUAAAGCAAGGUACUUGCAAGAAUUCAUAUAUUGAAGAAAAGAGACAAAUCCAAGAAGAUGAAAGUAAAGAUGUUGAAUGAGAAGGAUUAAGGAUCAACGGAUUAACUAAAGUUUAUAGAAAGUAUCCCUUAGGAUGUAAGAGUACAUCUGACCUCAAGGCACUUAGAGGUGUCUACUUUGAAGCUAGGGAUGGAGAAUUACUGUCGAUUCUUGGUCAUAAUGGAGCUGGUAAGACUACCCUCAUUAAUAUCCUCACCGGUCAGCUCAAUCCUUCAGGAGGAGAUGCAAGGGUAGGAAACCUUAAAAUUUCGAAAGAUAUGGAGAUCAUUCGUAAAGAUUUAGGAAUCGUUCCUCAAUUUGAUAUUCUUUGGGAGAGGAUGACUGUAGAGGAACACCUAAGGCUCUUCUGCCAUUUGAAGGAAAUACCUGAAAAAUUGAUUAAUAAUAUGAUUAAAAGUACUUUGAUCGAUGUUGGGCUACAGAACCAAGCUGAUAAUGAAGUAAGAACUCUUUCUGGAGGAAUGAAAAGAAGACUCUCUAUAGCUAUUAGUGGUUUAGGAAAUCCUAAAAUUAUCAUAAUGGAUGAGCCAACUACAGGUCUUGAUCCUGUAAGUAGGAGGAAAGUCUGGGAGCUUAUUCAGAAACUGAAGAAAGAUCGUGUUGUAAUCCUUACUACUCAUUCAAUGGAGGAAGCUGAUAUUUUAAGUGAUAAGAUAGUAAUUAUUGCUUCUGGAAAAAUUCGAUGCCUUGGCACACAAUUGUCAUUAAAACAUGAGUUUGGAGAAGGCUAUACUGUAUCUCUCAACUGAGAUCUUGAGAAUUGUGAACUAAUAAAAAGAAAGAUAGCUGAAUUUAUUCCAGAGUGUACUCUCAAGGAAGAAAAUGGAGGUUCUUUAAAAUUCUCAAUUCCAUCAGAAAAGAUGACUUCGUCAAGAGCUUUCUUCUCUUUACUUGGAAAUACAAGUAAGAAUAAACUACCAGAGGUCAACUAUGACGAUUGUCCAGAAGUAGUUCCAGCUUCAAGAGAAAUCAGAAGUAUUGAUGAUAUAAAACCCUAUAUUCAUGAUUGCGGUAUUUCACAUACCACAUUAGAGGAAGUAUUCUUACGCGUGACGAAAGAAAAGUAAAACUUAUAAAUCAAUCAAACAACUCAAUAUUUUAU